AUGGCAGGAAGAGCAGUCCAUGCUACAAAACCAAACUUCACGCUGAACCUCGAAACUGUCCUAAAUCCCAAGAUGACCGCUCAACCCACAGAGCUGGCAUGUCAUGUGACCAACAUUACCCAUUUACCCCUGGGAGGCCGACUGGGUGUCACCUGGGAGCACACCACAAUUCCUGGUAUAGGGGACGAUCCUCAGGCCUCAAAUCUCAUUGGCUCCCUUGACGGCAAUGGCAACCUGUUGCCUGGCACGAUGUAUUCUGACAGGCUGAAGAGCAGCGUGUUGUCCCUGACCAGAGUCCAGCCCAACACAUUCAAACUGCGAUUCCUCCGCACAGAGGAGUUCGACAUGGGCCAGUACGUUUGCACUGUGUCUGCUUGGAGUGUUAACAGCCAGGGGGACUUGGUGAAGACCGCUGAGCACCAGAGCUCACCGCAGACAGUACAGUGGGUUACCAAACGUCCCUCUCUAAACGUCGUGGCCAAGCACAUCCGCGAAGCCUCUGUAGGCGGGGCUACUUUUGAGAUGAGCUGCACCGUGACCACUGAGAACCUCGGGGAGGUGGGCUAUUCGGUGCUCAUCCAAUCACAGGACACCGUGGCGAGCAGCGUGAGAACCAUCAUGACUCUCAGCCCUGACAACGUCCUGCAGCAUGGAGGAGCCACAGACCCCAACAGGAGAGACAGUCUGGUUCUGACCAAGUCUGGCCCGACAGAGUUUCGGUUUCGCCUUGCUGGCGUCCAGUUGUCUGACAGAGGUUUCUACUGGUGCGACAUCACCGCGUGGACUAAACAGCAGCCAGGGCAAGCCUGGACCAGAGCCACCAGCGCAGAGUCUAACAAAGUCAAGAUAGACUUUCAAGAAAAUGACCCCAAGACCUCGGCGCAGACACCCUGGAGGGAUUGCCUCUCCCAGCUGAUCUGCGAGGGCCAGGUGGAGCUCAAGGAAAUUGCUGGAGGAAAGGAUAUAAAGGAAUGUGUCUUGGUCCUCAGCAUGCAGUAUAACUAA